AGAAAGGGGAGAGGGAAAUCAGAUAUGUGAGGGAAAGGGAGUGGGAAAUAACACAAAAACAAUCAAAAGAGAGAGAAAGAGGAGGCUAGUAAAUUAAAUGAAUUACCAAAAAGAGCAACUUUAGAGAAGGAUUUCGAGGAAGGGAUGGCGUGAUCUAUAAAGAAACACUAGCGCAUAAGAAGAGGUAAAAAUAGCAUCUUCAGAAAGAAAGCUGUGUGCUUAUACACCGAUCAGUCAAAGUAUGGCACACUUCCCAUUCUGCAAGAUAACUACAGGUUCUAUCAGAACAGUAAGAAUACAACUGCUUUUGUGCUGCUUUCUCCUGCCUCUUAUCAUAUACUUUCUUCAAGGACGCAAAGUUGCCAUCGGUCUGGAUUCAUCCCUCCCCAUCGAUAAUGGCAUGGAUUCAGACAGGGGCAAAACGCUGACUGACACAAAAGGGGUCAGAAUUGCAGGACCACAAACACAAACGGUGGAGACUCCAUGGGGUGCCCCUAUAGUGUGGGGUGACGACCGUAAUUCAGCACGGCGCAGGGCAAAAUUCUCAGAGCAGGGAAUCCGUAUAGGUUUGUUUGUCCUCGUGGUGGGAACCUAUGCCCAGUUUGUCCGACGUUUCCUUCACUCUGCUGAAACCCACUUUCUCCCUGGUCAGAUGGUCACCUAUUACAUUCACACAGAUAAUCCCCGUGCACUUGAUCCCCCUGUUGAACUGGGGCCUGAGCGUCAGAUGAAGGUUUUCCAGGUCACAGAGCUGCCCGGGUGGGACCGGCUGGCUCUUCGUCGGAUGGUUCUGCUUGCUGAUGCCAUCAAAGGCCCGAUCGGGAGUGAAGUUGAGUACAUCUUCUGUGCCGACGUUGACCAGGAGUUUGUGGGCCCAGUGGGAGAGGAAAUUCUUGGAGAUCUGGUAGCUACGUUACACCCAGAAUUUUAUGGAAUGGCACGAAUGACAUUCCCCUAUGAAGUUGAGGAAAUCUCAUCAGCUUGUGUUGAGGAGGAUGAAGGGGACUACUAUUACACAUCAGAGUUGUAUGGUGGGUUGGUAUCUGAGAUGUACAGUCUGGCUCAUGCCUGCUCUUUACUUAUUCUUCAAGACCAAGAUAAUAGGUUUACACCCAGUGGCCUGGAGGAAAGCUACCUGAACCGCUUCCUGAUCGACCACAGGCCAACAUGUGUGUUGUCCCCAGAAUACAGCUGGUGGGAUUCAGCCCUGGCUGCUCCAGUGCCUGCACGGAGGUUAGUCUCCAAAGGAAGGCAAUGCGCUGCUUAUGAUUUUCAGAAGCGAGAGGAGCUCAAAUGUUGAAAUUAUACGGGAUUUGCCCAAGUGUUCUGCAGACUAAACCCAGAUUUAAAUAUAGAUCUCACUCCUUUGUGAAGGAAGAAUGCCUUCAAUAUUUUGGAAAAGAUUCAACUUUUGAUUUUUGACAUGACAAGAGACCAGAUAAAGAGAACAAAUGAAAAAGAAUAUAAUGCAGUAAUUUAAUAAAGCCUGAAAUUUAGAAUGCUUAUCUUGGUGUUUUGUUUAGUAGCCAACAAAUAGAGCCUGCAAACACGCAGAGACAAACUGCACAAUCUGCACUGAAUUAAAGAUCCAUUUGUGUCAACAGCACCUUUGUAUGCUUGCUAUCUCUUCCCCCACAGAAAAAAAAAAACAAAACAAAAUUGACCUGUCUCUUUAAGCGAACAGUGUCCUCUCCAUUAAUGUCAGCCUCAGAGAUACUGCUCCAGUGGCUUUGUGGUCAGUAGCGAUAAGAGUCAACAGUGUAAGUGCACACUUUCCCCACAGUGGCUAAUCAUUAACUGGAAGAGCUGCUGUUUCAAGGUCUUUAAAGACCACAUGCAUAAAAAUAAAUCUAACAGGAAGCUAUUUUCCUGGGUUGCACGUUUAAAAAAUUAGAGCAUUGGGAAGAGAGAAGUGCUCUGUAAGUGUUUUGUGUCCUGAAACUUCUAUGAAUAUCUUUUAUCUCAUUUAUAAGUUGGAAUAAAAGGCAAACCCAAA